AAUGUGCUCCCUGAAGAACUAUGUUGGAUAGGUAAGUAGAUUUAGUUGUGUGGGUCUGAGGACAUAUGCAAGGGCUCACGAGGGCUUUGUGUGAUGGAAAGAGAAAGAUUGUGAGGUAGAAAUUAAAUAAUUGCAUGAGUCAUGUUUACGCAUACGCAGGAAUGCCAAGAAUUUAAAUUAAAAAUACUCUUAUGAAAUGUGAGAACUAAAAAAAAAGAGAAGAAGAGAGAGGUGUGUGCUCUUAAAGGCGGAGACAAAUUUAUUGGAAAGGACCAGGAGGGGGUGGAGAGAGUUUCUGUGAGAAACUUCAAUAGACAAGUUGUAAAAUCAUUGGGUCUUAUGAAACAACAAUGUGCUCUUCAAUUUUUGGGUCAGAGAUCUUUAAUUAGACUGUCGAAAAUUUUUAUUAUGAGCUUUUUUAAAACUUCACAAACGUUUAGCUUUAACUCUACACAUCUGUGAUGUGCUCAAAUGCGACCAAUUGAGGAUUAUAAUCUUUUCCUGCUGGAUCUGUGAGCCAGAUGACCAACAUUACGCCAAUUCACUUUGUCUACAAAAGCAAGGUUAAGAAUAUAUGUGUUCUCAUGCUGUUGUGUGUUCCCCUCUCUAUGAUGGACAUCCCUGGUCCUUGCAAACAUGCCGUAACCAUGGACCACCUGCUUCAACUAAAACAGAUGGUGAGAUCACUAACCAGCUGCGGACCAGCUGUUCAAUAACAUACACGUUCAUUGAGAGGAAACACUUGAGUGUGGCAUGUUAUGUGAAAGCCACGCUGCCGAGGGUGCUUGAACUCUUAAAUGUCCACAUCAGAUACGUCCCGGGAUCAGACAGUUCUCUGGCAGCGGUCUCCAUCCAAAACCUCAUUCUCAACAUCUACUCCCAACACUGUAUACCUUCACUAAAUGAGGAACUGGAGGAGAACCCUGUGGCAUUUGAGAGGCAGUACAAAGAGUCUCCUGUCCGGGCGCUUCUGAGAGUGGAAGAGGUUCUGUCCCUGUACCUGCACCUAAUCACAACCACCAACACUUCUCUUAACUGGACCUGCGGGCAAGAGUAUAGCAGCGUCAUGCAUGACUACAGCAGCAUUAUGCCCCCUACUGUUUCCGAGUCCACGUCUAGCACAGAGGCUGCGGUGGGGUUAUCCAGACAAGCUCCUCAGGGGUCCUUGAGUGAUGAUUUCUACAGGCUGGGCUUCAUUGUGGUCUCCAUCUGUGCAGGAUUUUUCAUCCUUCUCUCUGUAUUCUGCCUCCUAAAGAGAAAGAAACUGCAGCAUCAGCUUCACAGAGCAAGAUUAUCAUCAGACUGGGGAUUACAAGUCGUGGAAAAUUUGGAAAUACAAGAGCAAGAAUGUCAGAUGUCAGAGCUUCAAAAGAGUUCCACCUCUCCACCGACAUCCAACAGAGCUGAUGCUUCUUUCUGGAUACCAUAAACAUUAAAAACAGACUGUCUCACUCACUACAUCACUACAUCAAUAUACAUUUGCAGGAAGGAAAUACUCACAAGCACUUUAUUAUGAACAAUAUACACUUAAAAAUAAAGGUGCUACAAAAUGACAUAGUUGAGGAACACGUUCUGUAGAACAGUUUGUCCAUUAAGGGCUACUGUAGAAACAACAUAGUGAAUUUCAUGCAGGGGGACCCGCCGCUGUGUAUGCAGAUAAAAAUAGCUCAUUCUAAGGUAAAAAAAACAUAAUGCUUCAUUAUGUCUUGAAGUUAUAUCUGAAGACAUAGUUAUCUGUAUUAUAUUGCAUUUCUGUCAAUAGAAAAAAAUGACACACUGGACCUUUGAACCUUUGACUGAAAGUUUUUUGGGGAACCAUUGGUUCUUCUAUGGCAUUCUUGUCAAGAACCUUUCACAGCACCUUUAUUUUCAAGAGUAGACUAUUAUUGGAUAGGGCUUCCGUUUGCUCUCAAAACAGUUUUAGUUCUUUGAUUCCACAAGAUGUAGACACAUUUCUUUGAGAUUGCAGUCCAUGGUGAUAUGGAUACAUAAAAAAAAAUUGCAAGUUAUUACUUCAGCUCUAUUCUACCACAUCCAAAAGGGGUUUUAUUGGAUUUACAUCCGAUGACUAGGAAGGCUGCUGAAGAACAGUGAACUUUGGGAGUUUGGGAUGCAUGUGGAUGGUAACAAUUGAUUUAUACUUGUGCCAUUCAAUUGAUGAUCCGUUGGCAUCAAUGGACCCAAAGUGCGCCAGGAAAACAUUCAGGUUGGACUGAGGAUACAGGGCAGGUCUGAUCCAUGGAUUCAUGCUGUUGGUGCCCCAACCACCUGUGUGCCUCAGAAGAAAUUGAGAUAUAUUUUUCCAGACUUCAACUGUCAAGUGGACUGUUCAUCUUGUAGGUUGAGCCAUCUGUUCUUGGCUGACACAAGUGUUGUAGUACAUCUGCUUUAAGGGGUUUGGGAUCUUGUGCAGAUGCAUAAUGCUCACCAUAACUAUACAGAGAGGAUUUAAAUAAUCAUAGACUUUCUGUCAGCUUCAACCAGACAAGCUAUUUUCUGUUUUACACCGCAUUACACUGCAGUGGCAGAAGUUCAUGAGUAGUUAAUUACAAAAUUGCAUAAGAAAGUACAUGUGUUCCUAAUAAAGUGCUUGUAAAAUGUAGAUUUAGAAAAUAUGUCUCAGUUGUCAUAAUCACCCAUACAGUCUAUGGAGCUUGUAAAUAUACAAAAUACAUGUUAUUAUAAACAUCCUAUGAAAUACUGGAAAUGUCUUUUAGUCAAUGCAUUGCAUGCAUGUCCAGUUUGCUACUUUUACAACAACCCAAAAACUGCUGGAAGCAUCUUAAUAAAUAAAUAUGUAAAGCAAGAG